AUGGCUACGUCUAAACGUAUAAUAAUCAACUCAAUUGUUGUGCUGAGAAUACUUACUCUAUCGGCCUGCGCAGCUGCAGGUGUACUUAUUGUUACUAACAACUUUACACUUGAUGGUGACAAAACCAAAUUCAGUGACAUCAAAGGCUACAGGUAUGUGUUAGCAGCGGCAGCAGGGGGAGUGCUUUAUUCAUUAAUUCAGCUGCCUUUCGCAUUGUAUCAAGCUGUGAAGGAAAAGAGAUUGAUCAAUGGCCAGUUUCUCCCCGUGUUUGAUUUUUACGGAGAUAAGGUGAUAGGAUUUUUCUUGGCAAGUGGAGUUGGUGUUGGAUUUGGUGUGAGUAUUGAACUGAAACUAUUGAUAGAUCAAUUAGUGGAUGGGUUGGAAAGUUUAGGAGCAAGUGGACUUGAUGAAUUUGGAGACAAAAACAAGAAAUUUGUAGACAGAGGAAGUAUUGCAAGUGGAGUACUCCUUGUUGGUUUUGUUACAAUGGCUAUACUUACCAUUCUUACUUCUGCCAACCGCAAUGGAAGAGGCUUUUAA